AUGCAUGGAUUAUUUUGGCAUUCAGUUACCUAUGAUGAUGUGCACAUUAACUUCACUAAGGAGGAAUGGGCUUUGCUGGAUGCUUCCCAGAAAAGCUUCUACAACGAUGUGAUGCUGGAGACCUAUAGGAACCUCUCUGCCAUAGGCUACAGAUGGGAAGACCAUUACAUUGAACAACAUAGGCAAAGCUCUAGAAGACAUGGAAGGUAA